AAUUUUAAAGGGUGCCUCAAGACUGUCCAUAAUUUUAAAGGGUGCCUCGGGACUGUCCAUAAUUUUAAAGGGUUCCUCAAGACUGUCCAUAAUUUUAAAGGGUGCCUCAAGACUGUCCGUAAUUUUAAAGGGUUCCUCAAGACUGUCCAUAAUUUUAAAGGGUGCCUCAAGACUGUCCAUAAUUUUAAAGGGUGCCUCGAGACUGUCCUGUCCAUAAUUUUAAAGGGUGCCUCAAGACUGUCCAUAAUUUUAAAGGGUGCCUCAAGACUGUCCAUAAUUUUAAAGGGUGCCUCGAGACUGUCC